AUGACCACAUUCAAUCCAGAAAAAUUAGCCAAAUUCUUCCAAAGAUCAUUAAAUGCACUUCCACAACCCUAUUUAUCAGGUCUACCAAAUCACCUUUCACUCAUAUAUUUCGUUGUAGCUGGUUUAGAUUUAUUGGAUAAAGUAGAUGUACUUGAUGCUCAAAAACAAGAAAUUAUAAACUAUGUAUAUUCAAGACAAAUUUUACCAUCAAAUGAUAAUCCAGAACACAAUAUCGAAAACUGUGGAUUUAGAGGUUAUAAUUUCAUUGGUGAAGAUUUUUGUAAAUGUGACUCUAAUAAAUUAUUCAACGAUAAUGCAGAGUGCCCACCAGAAUUUGAUUUACCAUCAACACCCAACACCUACUGUGCCUUAUUAAUUUUAAAAAUACUAGGAGAUAACUAUGAACGUGUAAAUAAAGAAGCAAUUAUUAAAUCAUUAAAAUUUAGACAAAGAAGUAUAGAUGGGGCAUGUAGCGGUUCACCACAUGUUGGAGACUAUGACUUAAGACACUUGUUUACAGCAAGUGCAGUUUCAUUCAUGUUGGAUGACUGGUCCGCUAUUGAUAAAGAAAGUGCUAUUAAAUAUAUACUCAGCUGUUUAUCUUAUGAGGGUGCAUUUGGCCAAACCCCAAAGCAAGAAGCACACGGCGGUCCAACUUAUUGUGCCAUUGCCUCAUUAACAUUAAUGGGAAGAUUAGAUGUCUUGGAACCAUUUAAAGAACAAUUACUAUUUUGGUUAGCUAAAAAACAAAUUACCGGGUUCUCAGGUCGUACAAAUAAAGAUCCAGAUACAUGUUAUUCAUUUUGGAUUGGUGCAUCAUUAACCAUGUUAAAUAGAUACGACUUAGUCGACUUUCCAUCAAUUGAUGCUUUUAUAACAUCUGCUCAACACGAAGCAAUUGGUGGUAUUGCUAAAGAACCUGGUACACUUCCAGACAUUAUGCACUCCUAUCUCUCUAUUGAAGGUUUAAGUUUUGGUAAUCAUCCAUCAGUUCAACAAAUUUUGCCUGCAUUGGGUUUAUCAAAAAGAGCUGCUGGUAAAAAUUGGGUUGAUAUUUUAGAUAAUAAAUAA